AUGGCGGCUAAGAACGCCAGGGCUGACGGCACCAAGGUCGAGCCUCCCGCCGAUGACAAGAUCCAGGCCAUCUCGGUGAGCGCGCAGAAGAAGCCGCUGUUCCACUACGUCUCGCUCGCGAAGAAGUUCCUCGCCAAGAGCGAGGACGUGGAGAUCCGCGGGGUCGGCUCCGCCAUCGCGCGCUGCGUGAGCGUCGUCGAGAUCCUCAAGUCCGACGGGCUCGCCGCCGCGGUUAACAUCGAGACCGGCACCACCACCAGCGACAAGGCGGACGACGGCAUGGCGGACAAGGAGAGGCUCAAGCCCACCAUCCUCGUCAAGCUGCGGAGAGCCGACGACUUCGUGACGAAGUUGGAGAAGCUCAGGUUGAUUAGGGCGAGCGACGACGCGAACGAGAAGUAG